AUGGCUGGCGGCUGGUCGCACGAUGAGUCAGCCAAAGCGGUGGCUAGGUAUCGAAGUAGCCAACGGAUUGCCGAGGGGAAGGGCAAAUCGGCGGGAGAUCGAUCGAUGAAGCGGUGCAUGGUGCGGUCGAUGGAGAUGAAGAUGAAGCCAACGAGCGUGUGGCUAGGUGGCCGACGGGCGGCCCUAACCGUAAAGGAGGAAUUCCCUUCUCGGCCGUCCAAGGUGGCUAAGCCACGGCCGGCCGAUCGCGCCUACGAGGGAAGACGCCUGCCCACCAUCGUCCAGCAACGCCCGCUGGUCCCGUCGGACGACGAUCGUCCGCAUAGCCGCUCGCCUCGCUAUUCCGGCGAGAUUUCUGGCCGCACAGCUGGCCAGGAGUCGCUGUGCCGGCUAUUCCGGCCCCAACAACCAACAGCAGCAGCGUUGAAAUUAUUGUGGUUCCUGUUGCUUGUGACGGUUGUGAUUCGUGCUACCAGUGUGUUAGGCCCAGACGGCUAUAUAGAUUCGAGACCCACCACGCCUGCAAACGGAAAGCACAUUUGUUUGAAUGGGGGAAUAUGGCCGCUUUGUUCAUCUCUAUUUACACCAGUUGUGAUAUCUUCUGGACCUACGACUCCAUUUCCAAUUGUAGCAACGGCUAAGCCUAUUUGUUCGAAUGGAGGCUUCGGACCUAAUUGUGUGCUUCCAACUAGUCCCGUUCCUUCACAAAUCAGUUGCACAAACGGGGGGACACUGCCUUUUUGUUGCACCAAUGGAGGUGUUGGACCAGAAUGUGAGACUCCAGGAUUAUCAAAACCACCAUCGAUAAGCUGCGCCAAUGGUGGUAUUCCACCUUUCUGUUGCGAGAACGGUAGAGUUGGCCCAGAUUGUGAGAUCUCUAUCCCAGUUACAUGCGGAAACGGAGGUGUUCUUCCAUACUGCUGCAAUAACGGUGGCGUUGGACCUGACUGUGUAAUUAAUAAACCACCAUCAUCAACUCCACCACCAUUCAUCCCACAGCCUGUGACACAACAAAGCUGCUUGAAUGGUGGAAUUCCUCCAAACUGUGCAGCUCCUAAACCACCAAAACCACCAUCAUGUCCUAAUGGUGGAGUCCCACCUUACUGUUGCACCAAUGGAGGAAGUGGGCCAAAUUGUGCCCUCCCAAUAACUCCGUCCCAGCAAGUUUGUCCAUUUGGAGGAGUUCCUCCGUACUGCUGUGCUAAUGGUGGUCAAGGCCCUUAUUGCAUAAGCAUUCAACCAGCCAUCGAAUUCGCACCACCACAUGAAGUCAUCCAACAACCUUCAAGUCAAGGGACGGCUAAUGUUGGUACGUCUUAUUACAAUCCAGUGCCAGCUCCUUGUCCCUACGGAGGGCUUCCCCCUUUCUGCUGUACAAAUGGCGGCUCCGGACCAUACUGCCAACUUCCCAUUCAGCAGCCCGUUUGCCUCAACGGAGGGCAGCUUCCUUAUUGCUGUACGAAUGGCGGUGUUGGUCCAGAUUGCUCCAUUCCACAACCUCAGAAACCAAUUCAACAGCCCGGAUGCCCCAAUGGAGGACAACUUCCUCAUUGCUGCACCAAUGGUGGAGUUGGACCCAAUUGUGCGAUUUCUCAAACUCCUGUUCCUGUGAAACCAUCCGGAUGUCCUAAUGGAGGGCAGCUUCCUUAUUGCUGUACGAAUGGCGGUGUUGGUCCAGAUUGCUCCAUUCCACAACCAUCCUGUUCUAAUGGAGGUGAAUUGCCUUACUGUUGUACAAAUGGAGGCCAAGGACCGAAUUGCGAAGUUGCAACUUCUCCCAAACCAACAACUUCCACAACUCGUCGAACCACAACAACUACCAAGCGUACGACAACCCGUCCACAGACUACCACUCCUAGACCAGUUAUCACAGCCCGUCCACCCACAACAACCACCAGGUCCACAACAACACGUCCGCCGACCACAACAACGAGAAAAACAACAACAGCUCCAAUUACCACUAGAAGGCCUACGACGACCACCAGUAGAACAACAACCUCAACACGACGUUCGACAACAACCACUCCUCGUCCAACAACUACUACCCGUCGUUCAACAACAACAGUUAGCACUCGACCAAUCACCACAACCCGUCCACUAACCACAACCCGUAGAACAACGACCACAACACGAACAACCACUAGAAAACCCACAACUACAACUAGAAAAACAACCACCACUCCACGACCAACGGUAACUACACGGCGCCCGGUGACCACCCCAGCAAAAACAACAACUACCCGUGUUUGUCCAUUCGGAGGCAGCCCUCCAUUCUGUUGUACCAAUGGGGGUCUUGGCCCAACAUGUUACGUUCCAACCGCGAAGCCUCCAGCCACGACCACUCGCCAAACAACCACAACUACGCGUAGAACCACGCCAACAACCAGAAGAACGACAACAACCACUUCUCGGAAAACUACAACGGUCACACAACGGCCAACAACGUACAAACCAGUAUGUCCUUCCGGAGGAUCUCCCCCGUAUUGCUGCACAAAUGGCGGACAAGGGCCCAACUGUGCCGUCCCAAGUCGACCCACUUCUCGACCACCGAGACCACAAACUUGUCCAUCGGGUGGUGUUCCUCCCUAUUGCUGUACUAAUGGAGGCAAGGGACCCAACUGUGAAUCACCUGCAUCAUCAUUACCUGCGGUACCAGGAUAUCUUCCACCCGUCAGCAGUGGUGCCAUUUCCAAUGGUUACAAGUAUGACGUCGGUGAACCUCCGUUUGCCACUUGA